CUCGGGUGAACCCUCCUCCUCCCCCCUUCGUGUCUCCUCCGAGCAUCUUUAAUAAGACACAUGCUCUUGGUUUGAGCCGCUCACUCGCAUCGCUCUCUCCUGGCGCCGCCCCAGCAGCAGCGGGCCGCCCGCCUCCCUGCCAGCCGGCCGCGAGCUCCAUGGGUUGAACUUCCAGAAGCGCCACAUUUCUCCUCUCCUCUCCUCUCCUUUUUUUUUCUUUCUCUCCACUCUCCUCCUCCUCCUCCACGCCAGUCUUCUGCGGAGCCCUCCUCAACCUCCUUCUCCCGUCUGUCCAUCCAUCCAUCCCACCAUCCAUCCAUCCAUCCCUCAAGCCUCGCUCCGUGUCACUGCGAGACUACCGCCCCUGAGCUCGUUUGAAAUCGCAGCCGCGCGCCGUCGAGCAGAGGAGAGAGCGAGGGGGAGAGAGAGCGCGAGCGACAGAGAGGGGGAGAGAGAGAGAGAAGAGAGAGAGGGGGAGAGAGAGAGAGAGAGAGAGAGAGAGCGGUAGCUGCAGAGCGCAGCGGAGAGGAGGAAUCCGCUUCCCCCCUGCAGAAGAAGAAAAGGGAUCCACCUGUCUCGGCGUGGAAGAGGGGUGGUGGUAGGGGUAGGGGUAGGGGGGGGUCCUACCUGAUCUGUCCGGCCACAAGGGGGGGAAGGGGGGGACCCCCGCCUGGCCGGGACGGCAGCAGGGACUAUGCAGCUGGGACUGGUGGCGCUGGCAAUGGUCUUCCUCGGCUCCAUGGGUCACGGCGAUGUCCUCAAGCUCAGCAAGGCGAGGAGACAGAGACGGAUUAGCACUGAGGGGCCACCAUCUUGUCCGAAGGGGUGCGAUCGCUGCUCCGAGUAUAAUGGCUGUGUGAAGUGUAAACCUAAACUCUUCAUCUUCCUGGAGCGCAAUGAUAUUCGUCAGAUCGGCGUGUGCCUGGCCUCCUGCCCCGUGGGAUACUUUGGCAUGAGAAACCCAGAAACCAACAGAUGCACCCAAUGUAAAAUAGAAAAUUGCGAGGCGUGUUUCAAUCGCAACUUUUGCACAAAAUGUAAGGACGGCUUGUAUUCCCACAGAGGGCGAUGUUAUGUCAGUUGCCCUCCGGGCCUAACCACCGUCAAUGGGACCAUGGAGUGUGCAGGUCAGCCCGCUGUCGAGUGUGAGCUCGGUGAGUGGAGCCAGUGGGGUCCCUGUAUGAAGAAGAACAAGACAUGUGGUUUCAAGAGAGGCUCGCAGUCCAGGGUGCGAGAGCCUCUCCAGCAGGUCUCUGGCCUGGACAGUUCCGUGGCCCCUGUGACCUCAGAACCGCCAUGUGCUCCGCAGACAGAGAGAAGAAAGUGCAGUGUGCUCAAGACCCCUUGCACAAGAGGCAAGAAGAACAAGGGCGACCGGAAGGAUGAGCCGAGCAAGAAGGAAAAAGAGAGCGGAAGAGGGCGAGGGAAAGAGGGGAAAGAGGGCAGCAAGGAUGGAGGCGGCGGGGGCAAGAAGCGAAAAGGGCAGGGCAGGACCAGCACCACCACCGCCGCCGCCACCGUCCUCAGCAUCACAACGACCUCCGUCACCUAACGUCCCCCAACCAGCCGGGUGGGGACCAACAAUCGGCGAAAAAAAAAUAAAAAUAAAAAAAUCUGACCCAAAAGAAAAAAAAAAAAAGGAGACGAGGCCUCACCCGUUGGCGCUGGCCACAGCCUCCAAAAAAAAGACGACAAAUAUCAAACUGAUGAUGAUGAAGGGAAGGAGUAAUGCUGCUAUGCUAUUUGUGAAGAUGCACAAAGAAAACUGGAGGAUUUCUUCAAACGUAUGUUUUAAGCGAGAGAGGAGCGCCGCUGCGAGGAGACGGACGAGCUGGAUCGGUGGUAACCAGAGAGACUUGUUCCGCUGCGAUGUUCACCGCUGGCCAAUGUAAUGACAUUACACCAGAUUGUGGUUUGACAUGGUUCAUUUCAGCCCUAAUGAAACAAUAUAAGACCCUCCCGAGCAACGGAGAGAUCCUGCGUCGGACAAAAAUGUGAGCCAGGAGGGCCCUGAUAAUGAUCGAGGGAUCUCUGCAAUCUGUUCUACUCCACGGUGUAUUUUUCCCAGCCUGGUUUUCAUUUGUUUUUUGUGUUUGUGAGAAGUAGCAGACAGAUUUUCUCAAGAGCCGUUGUACGUGAUGUAGAGAAAAUGAACAGUAUUAAGGAGUCUUUGUACCUUUUUAUUUCUUAUUGAGAGAUGAAACACACACACACACACAAAAAAAAAAAAAGAGGCACUGGAACUCAUUUGUGGUUGUUUAGGAAGGAAGGGAAAGAGGUCGGGACAGUAUAUAUUUUUGGAUAGGAGGGAAUUCAUUAGAAAACACGCCCUGCGAAAGGAUGUGGGGGGGUGGGGGGGGGGGAUUAGUUGGAGCUCAGCACAAAUCCCGCUCCGGUGUCUGACAAAAGUUCAGCCAUUCGAUAGCUCACUUGUUUGUUUCCAAUUAGAUGUUGCCGUUCAUUACGGAGAAUAACCUCUGCACAAAAAUGAGGGAUGAACAAACCUGGGAAUGUGCAUGGGAAAAAGGUUGCAUGUGUGCGUGCAUGUGUGUGUGUGUGUGUCCCUGUGUGCACGAGUGUGUGCAUCUGCUGCCGAAGCUCUGCAAAAACAAGGCCUGCGAGCUCUCUCGUGGACGUAUGUAAAGCCGUGUGCUUGUGUGUCUGCACGAAUAGGACGGAAGGGAAAAAACAAGGACCACCGUUAACGUGCCGCAGCGAUAUAUCAAAAAGCAUGGGCGAAAGGUUGCACGUGUGUGCGUGUGUGUGUGUGUGUGUGUGUCCCUGCUUGCAUGUGUGCACGAGUACCUGCAUCUGUUCCCGAAGCUCUGCAAAAACGAGGGCUGCGAGCUCUCUCCUGGACGUACGAGAAGCCGCGUACUUGUGUGUGGAGUCCGUAUACGUCCCUGCACGAAUAGGACACAAGGGGGAAAAAAAACAACAAGGACCACCGUUAACGUGCUGCAGUAUAUCAAAAAAGCAUAACCGUACAAUAACGACAAGCCUAUGAUUAUUAUGUAAGCCAUCAGCUGCUCAGUAACCGUGCGCUCGCAGCAGGGUUGGAGAUAUCGCACAGCCAUAACAUUGCCCGCUGCUCAAAUCUCAGAGUAACCGUCUCAUUUUACACAAUUAUAGUACAAAAUAAAAAAUAAAAAAACCUCGGCUUUGCGGCAUCACGAGUACAGUGAAACGUUUCUUUUUAGAAGUAUUUAUACCACCGGACACGACUAGUUUGAGUGAUUAUUGUCACCUGCUUUGUUUAGCUUCCUCUGGGUCUGUUUGCUUUACACGAGCUAUUAGCUUCAUGAGAAGGUACACAAUACAUUAUUCAUUCAUAUUAUGGCUUGUGACGCUGAAUAUGUCCAUUUCUGUUUAUCAUCAAUCAUAAGGAGUAUUAUUAUUAUUAUCAUCAUGUAUAUCUUAUUUGGUGAAAGCUUAAUAAAGUUCAGAUUAA